UUUGACUUGUUUUUCGGUUGAGCUCUCGGCGUCUGCGGCUCUGGGCGGCGUGAGUAGAGUUCCGGGUUCCGGAAGAGGGGUGGGAAAGGACAGCAUGAACUUUACCCCGACGCAAUCCCCUGUCUGCAGAAAGCUGACGGCUCUCCCCAAGCAUGAGGCUUCCGGUGGCUUCAGUGGCCCCACCAGGUGGAAGGGGGUAUCUUUCUCCGAUUCCGUGCAGUCAACUCCCUUGCCUUCAGUGGAAGAUCGUCUGGCCGUCCUCUGCCCUUCUCAGGAGCUUCUAGAAUAUUAUCAGAAGAAGAUGUCUGAGUGUGAGGCAGAAAACGAGGGCCUGUUGAAGAAGCUGGAGCUGUACAGAGAGGCCUGCGAAGGGCAGCAUAAACUUGAAUGGGAUUUGCAGCAGAGGGAGGAAGAGAUUGCUGAGCUGCGGAAAGCUCUAAGCGACGUGCAGGUCUGCCUCUUCCAAGAGCGGGAGCAUGCCUUACGCCUCUACUCAGAAAACGACCAACUGAGAAUCAGGGAGCUAGAAGACAAGAAAAAGAUUCAGAAUCUCUUGGCUCUUGUGGGAACAGACACUGGAGAAGUGACCUAUUUUUAUAAGGAGCCUCCCAACAAAGUCAGCAUUCUCCAAAAGACUAUCCAGGCUGUAGAAGUAUGUGAACAGAAUGAAUCUUCAGCUUUCAGAGCAGAUUCUAAAGGCAGCAGGAGAAAACCAGCAGUGAGGCAGAAGGAGGAGAGUGCCCAGCUGCACCAGAGGGACGUGCAGACCCUCAUCCUGCAGGUGGAAGCGCUGCAGGCGCAGCUGGAGCGGCGGAGCAGGCUCUCGCGGGAGCAGGUGGCGGGGCUCGUGGAGGAGAGGCGGACCUGCAUGGAGCAAGUGCAGGCUCAUCAGCAGAGGGAUCGGGAGAGAGUCGCCGAGCUCACCAGAAAAUUAUUAAUAACCAUCCUAGUUUAGCGUCAUCUGCGUAUCUGAGCACACAAUCAGCUCCUUCCAUUAGAUCAUCAUCCUGAGAGUAUUGAAUGGCAUGAAAUCCAAGGCUAUUAAUGGCUGCCCUUUAGGUGUCACUUUCAAACCAUUUGUACGUUAACAAG